UGGACCCAACCAACUCUACAAGAACACCCCCUCUGGUGGACCCAACCAACUCUACAAGAACACCCCCUCUGGUGGACCCAACCAACUCUACAAGAACACCCCCUCUGGUGAACCCAACCAACUCUACCAGAACACCCCCUCUGGUGAACCCAACCAACUCUACCAGAACACCCCCUCCGAUGGACCCAACCAACUCUACAAGAACACCCCCUCCGAUGGACCCAACCAACUCUACAAGAACACCCCCUCCGAUGGACCCAACCAACUCUACCAGAACACCCCCUCCGAUGGACCCAACCAACUCUACAAGAACACCCCCUCUGGUGGACCCAACCAACUCUACCAGAACACCCCCUCUGGUGGACCCAACCAACUCUACCAGAAUACCCCCUCUGGUGGACCCAACCAACUCUACCAGAACACCCCCUCUGGUGAACCCAACCAACUCUACAAGAACACCCCCUCUGGUGGACCCAACCAAAUCUACCAGAACACCCCCUCUGGUGGACCCAACCAACUCUACCAGAACACCCCCUCUGGUGAACCCAACCAACUCUACCAGAACACCCCCUCUGGUGGACCCAACCAACUCUACAAGAACAUCCCCUCUGGUGGACCCAACCAACUCUACAAGAACAUCCCCUCUGGUGGACCCAACCAACUCUACAAGAACACCCCCUCUGGUGGACCCAACCAACUCUACCAGAACACCCCCUCUGGUGGACCCAACCAACUCGACAGACACAAACAGCAACCCAGCAGUGGCGUUUCCACAGCAACAGGAACUGAAGCCCCGCCCUCUAGAACCCCAACCAGGAAGUGUCUCGAGGACAACCCCUAUCUCUCCUCCCCCUCUUCUCCCUCCACCCUCCUCUCCUCCCACACCCACACUCCUCCUCCCACCCCUCCUCUCCCCCAGCUUAGUGGGAGGGAAAAAAGGAGGGAGGAGGGGAUGGAGAGAGGGAUGGAGAUAGGGAAGGAGAGAGAGUUGGAGAGAGGGAAAGAGAGAGAGAUGGAGAGAGGAGAGGAGACAGAGAUGGAGAGAGAGAAGGAGAGAGGAGAGGAGACAGAGAUGGAGAGAGGAGAGGAGACAGAGAUGGAGAAAGAGAAGGAGAGAGGGCAGGAGAUAGAGAUGGAGAGAGGAAAGGAGACAGAGAUGAAGGAGAGAUGGAAGGAGAUAGAGAUUGAGAGAGGAGAGGAGACAGAGAUGGAGAGAGGGAAGAAGGUGGGAGAGUCUAACAGAAGACCUUUCUGGGUGGAAGACAAUGAUCUGCCUCCAAUGAUGUUGAGCAGGAGAGUGUCUAAGAUGUCUGAGGAGUUGGAGAGCAUAAGUAUAAUUAACAUGCACAGUGAGGAAGAAGGGGCGGGACUACUUCAGCCUCUCGACCAAUCACGAUAUGACGGCAUGCAGGAACAGUACACCAAUCACCAGGAGGAGGAGGAGGAAUGGCAAGACGACCUAGCCCGGUGGAAGAGUCGUCGCCGCAGUGCUUCUCAGGAUCUGAUCAGGAAGGAGGAGGAGAGGAAGCGGAUGGAGAGGAUGAUGAAGGAGGAGGAGGGAGGCCACACCCAGAAGAAGAAGAACAUCAAGACGUACAGAGAGAUCGUAGAGGACAAAGAGCGUAGGGAGGCGGAGCUGUGUGAUGCGUACAGGAGGGCGGGCUCUAAAGCGGAAGCUGCCAUGGUUCUCCAGCGUUACGCUCUCCGCUUCACCAUCAGUGAUUCAACGCUGGACAGUCUGCAGCUACCUAGAACCAUUACUACUGACCAGAACCCUGAGUCUAGAACCAUUACUACCAACCAGAACCCUGAGUCUAGAACCAUUACUACUGACCAGAACCCUGAGUCUAGAACCAUUACUACCAACCAGAACCCUGAGUCUAGAACCAUUACUACUGACCAGAACCCUGAGUCUAGAACCAUUACUACCAACCAGAACCCUGAGUCUAGAACCAUUACUACUGACCAGAACCCUGAGUCUAGAACCAUUACUACUGACCAGAACCCUGAGUCUAGAACCAUUACUACUGACCAGAACCCUGAGUCUAGAACACCUGCUAACAACCAGAACCCUGAGUCUAGAACCAUUACUACUGACCAGAACCCUGAGUCUAGAACCAUUACUGCUGACCGGAACUCUGAGUCUAGAACCAUUACUACUCACCAGAACCCUAACCCUAGAACCAUUAUUACUAACCAGAACCCUGAGUCUAGAACCAUUACUGCUGACCAGAACCCUGAGUCUAGAACCAUUAGUACUGACCAGAACCCUGAGUCUAGAAGCAUAAUUACUAACCAGAACCCUGAGUCUAGAACCAUUACUGCUGACCACAACCCUGACUCUGACCCUGACAACCGAGAACGAGCUGAUAACGGACUAGAGGCCAUGCAGACUGACACAAAGCAAGAGCCCCGAGCCACCCCCAAAAAAAAAUCUCUGUCACACACACCCAACACACACACACCCAACACACACAGCUCCAAACCCAAAACACCCAACACACCCACACACAAAACCACUCCACACAAGGUCAGCACACACUCCUCCCUCCCAUCUCCCCCCCCUCGCGGCCCCUCCCUCUCCUAACAGCCAAGCCCUACUGCCAGCCACCACAGACACAGCCUGGACACAAGCCUGCUAAGCCCACCGAACUCCCUGGUGCCAAUCAGAAGACACAGGUGUCGGCCGUCAGCGCCCUGAUUGGAGGGAGGAACUGUGUUGUCACGACGACCAUCGUGACGGAACUCACCCAGACACACCUGCAGCCACGUCCGUUAGAUAUGCUCAGCAACACACAGGUGAACGGCUCCAUGGCAUUGUCAAGGAGAUCAGGGGAGGAGGCGGGGUCUGACUCUUCAUUGCUUAGCAACCAGAACACCUACUCAUCCUCGGUGACAGGAGGACUGGAGGGGAGCAGUGGGACGAUGGAGAGCCCCAUGUUGAACCUGGCUAAGCGUGUAGAUCACUGGGUGUGGAACCCUGAGGAUGAGAGGAGACGACAGGAGAAGUGGCAGCAGGAGCAGGAGAGAUUCCUACAGGUGUGUGAGAGGAGACUACAGGAGAGAUGAUAACAGGAGAGGAGAUAACAGGAGAGAUUCCUACAGGUGUGUGAGAGGAGACUACAGGAGAGGAGAUAACAGGAGAGGAGAU